AGACGUUGAAACGUAUACAUUAUAUACGUAUUACAUGGAAAUAAAUAAACUUUGAGAACAUCAUUGUUUUGAGUUAAGUUAAUAUACUAACAGAUGUUAUAUGAUACUAUUUAGACUCGUGGAAAUAAAUAAACAUCGAAUACAUUACUGUUUUUAGUAACUUGUGAGAGAAAGAUGUCAGCUGGGUUGAAUGCGGCUGUAAAUGACCAUGAGACUACCGAUGUUGAACAUACGCGACAGGAGAAUGAACACUUGUUAUCAGAAAUAGCAGAGUUCUGUAAUAGGGAAGACAGAGCAAAUGUAGAAAAUAUAUUGUUGCUUGGAAAGGUGGGGGCUGGCAAGAGUUCCAUCGUGAAUACUAUAUUCAAAGCCAUGUCCGGAAAAUACUUUCCAAAAGCUAAAGCAGGGAAAGGUCUGUCUACGAAGACCAUCUGUUUAGAAAGGUUCAAAAGUUGUGGCGUGGCAAAGGAGGAUAUUGCAGAACACAGAAGUCUUGUUAAGGGCAUAUUGCACCGGCUGCCAACAAUAUUUGAUUUUUCGGGCAUAGAAGAUAAUGACUCAGAAGAAAUACAAGAAAUACUUGAACUUCUGUUAGGAGGUUUUAUUCAACCGAAAACAUCUUUAGAGGCCUUGAAAAGUUUACAGAAAGAACAUUACGUAGGUGCUUUAAAAGAAAGUAUCUACACAGUGAGCAGGCCGGAAUGGAAGAUAACCCAUGUAGUGUAUGUGCACAGCUGCCGUGAAACGGCAGCAGGCAGUCUGAUUCAGUGUCUACAUAAAGUUCUUAACACAGUGGAUCCAAAAACAGCACAAUUAAUAUACACAGGAGAUGUUCACGUCGUCAUGACCAAGUACGACCUUGUGAAACAACACGGCCAAUAUGACAGCGCAGAUAACGAAACGAUAUCUGCCGAAAACUACAAAGAUGUAGUAAAAGACAUAGCAGCUGCCUUUAGUAUAGAAGGCUCACUCAAAGACAACAUGACGCAAUGGACUAGUUACACAGAUAAAACUAGCAGUGAGUUUGAUAAUCCACUCAUCGACAAUACCGCCUUGAAGUUAAUGAGACGUAUAGUAGCGCCCAGUUGUCCUAGGAUUGAGGAAACAAAAGCUGUGGUUACCACAGUAACAAAGAUGAACCUUAUGUUCAAAAAAUGGUUGCGAAAACAAAACUUUACAUUCACACAGUUGCUUCUUAUGACUGUAUUACUUUUUCUGGCUAUCAUAAUGUUUGUUUUGAUAAAGUAUCCACUUUGGCCGAUGUCCAUCGAGGGCAAAAAUGAAGCAUUGCUCGACGAAAUCCUAGACCUACUUGGAAGUCCAGAUUGCAAAAUUCCGGAGGUUAUAUUGCUUGUCGGUAGGAGCGGUGCGGGAAAGAGCGCACUCGUCAAUACAAUGCACAAGGUCUUGACCGGGAAGUAUUAUUUGAUUGCCGAACCCGGGAGUGGUGAUGCUGCUACAGUUACAACUACAUUGAACUGGUACGACAACUGUGGUGUUUUACCAUAUAGAAUAGCUGAUGAAAGCAGAAGAGAAAAAAUGCUCAACAAACUAAACCUGUUUCCGCACAUCCUGGACAUUGCAGGACUUCCAGAUGAAAAUUCACGAAAAUUACGUGAAAUUAUCGAGCUUUUAUUAGGAGGUUACAUUCCUCCUGGUACAAGCAUGUUGGCCUUAGAAGAUAUGCAAAAGACAUAUGGUGAAGGCGGUCUUAGAAAGGUUUUCAAGAAGCCGGAACGUAAGUGGAGGGUCACAAAGAUCGUAUUCAUGCAAGGAUGUAUAGACGCCGCCAUAGCAAAGAACAUUUUAGAGUGUCUGAAAGACAUCUUAAACAUGUAUGAUGUGAAGACUUUAAAGAAAAAAUAUCAAUGUGGCCUUUUUGUGUUAAUCACAAAAUAUGAUCUUGUAAAAGAUUCCAAUGAUGCAAAUCUUCAUGGGGUAAGCAAAGACAAGACGAUUAGUCUGAAUGAUUUUGAAACUGUCGAACAGGAAAUUGCUCAGCAAUUGAGUUUCAAGGGAGUAAUUCAAUCGAAAAUUAUCCGCUGGGUGAGCUUGACUGACAAUGUUGGACUAGAAAAUUCCUAUGUAGAAAAUAGCGCGCUUUCAUUCCUGAAGAAAAUGAUUGAACCAGGGGUCCCGCAAGCCGAAAACACAAGACAGGUUAUUGGAAUUAAACAGAGAAUAGUACUGGAAACGCACAGAUUUGGCAAACAAAUAAUUUUUUCCAUCAGACGACUUUUACCUGGUGAUGAUGUCACGACACGGAAGUACAAUAUCCGCGGUUCACUUGUCUUCACUCGCCUGUAUGUGAUUUUCCCAGUGCAGAGCUUUCGUCCCAUGGUUGUGCCGUAACCGCAAAGACGAUGAUUUUUGUGAUCCACUGAAGUCAGGUCAGGGAUGCAAUCACCUACCAUCAUAGGGAGCCAAAACGGAGUCAACGUUUUCACGGUUUAGAGGGACUCGACUUGAAGAUAUGUUAUCUAGUUUUUGUACUACUUAAAGUUCAAAGUUAACGGAAACAUCUGUGUCACGGAACUGUCAGUGUUAGGACUUUAUACUUGUUAAAAAGAGAUACUGAGCUCAGAUUGUUUUCUUUCUUACAAUAUUUUUUUCCUUUUUGCUUUUCAUUUAUUCAUUGUAAAUAAUCAUUUUCUAUAAAUAAAUUUGUAAAUAUUGAAA